AUGGCAGAUGAGGAGGACCCUGCUUUUCAGGAGGCAAAUGAAGAAACUGGAAGAGGCGCAGGAGGAGGACAGGGUAAAAGAAAGGACCCUUUUCUAAAGAAUACUGACAAGGCAAUGUCAAAUGGAAGACAAGGUCAUGUGCAAGUUGAAGAUAUUGUCUUCUUGAUUUAAAAGGACCCAAGGAAGUUUGCUUGAGUUAAAGAUGUACUAACUAUAAAUGAAGAAUUGAAACAGGCUAGAAGAGCAUUUGAUGAAGUGAACUAUGGACCCUUGACACCUUUUGUACUUUCUAAAAUGUCAUUAUCAUCUAUGGAAACAGUAUCGAGUCGCUGUAUGCUUUCUACAGUAAUGUCCUGA